AUCAAUCGACUCCCGAUGAAUCGAUCAGGAAGCAAAGUGACACAACGUAGCAAAGUAGUGUGGAACAAUAUCAGAUCAUUCAUAUGACAUUUAGAUUAUAAUAAUUGUCGAGUGAACGUCACAGGGAAACGUUAUUGAGCAAGUUAUUUUCGCGUCCAAAUAGAGUGCCUCUUAACAGAAAUGGCUGAACUGUGCGCAGUACGUUUCACACGAGGAUGUAUUGAAGGAAAUCUUUUUUUUGUGUGAUAAAGGAGAAGUAGCCUCGGCUAUGCAGCCCGACCUCCCCUUCACCUCGCGUCGGUCAGCUGUUGUUUGUUUACAUGGCUGUGUGGCAUCAAGUCAGCCCUUGGCAUCAAACAUUGGUCUGGACAUCUUGAAGAGAGGAGGGAAUGCUGCUGAUGCUGCUGUGGCUGUGGCUGCCGCCCUGGCCGUGACAGAACCCUGCAGCUGUGGGAUCGGUGGGGACAGCUUCUGUCUGUUCUAUGACGCAAGCACAGGCCAGGUGCGCGGCCUGAACGGCAGCGGCCGGGCUCCCAGGGCACAGACGGUGGAUCUCCUGGAGAGGUAUGGCUACAGUGAGUCUAACCCGAUCCCAUCCUUCCACGCCCUGAACGCCACCGUGCCGGGGGCCGCGGCCUGCUGGUGUGACACCGUCCGCCUGUUUGGCAGUCAGAAGCUCUCUCUCCAGGAUGUCCUGAGGCCCGCCUCUGACCUCGCCCUGUGUGGAUUCCCCGUUGCCCAGGUGACUGCGCACCACUGGGCCAAGUGGGUCCGUACCAUGAGGGCUGCUGGGAGGGAGCUGGGAAGAGACUUCCUGAUUAAGAACGAUGCGCCCAAACAUGGACAGGUGUUCUCCAACCCUCAUCUGGCCCAAACUUUCCAGGAGCUGGGCCAGCAUGGUAAAGUAGGGUUCUAUGAAGGCAGAGUGGCGAAGUUGAUUGUUGAUGUCAUCAUUCGGAAUGGAGGAGUGAUGAGUCUGGAUGAUCUACGUAGCCAUGACAGCGAGGAGAUCAAACCCAUCCACACUGACUACAGGGGUGUGAGGCUAUGGGAAGUCCCUCCUAACAGUCAAGGCAUGGCAGCACUCAUGGCCCUCAAUAUACUGGAGAACUUCCCCAUCAAAGAGAUGGGUCAUAACAGUGCAAGUUACCUCCAUGUGUUGGCUGAGGCCCUGAAGCUGAGCUUGGCUGAUACAGUCCAUUACUGUGCUGACCCAGAUCACGUUAAAGUCCCUCUGGAGAGUCUACUGUCUAAAGACUACAGCCUGCAGCUCUCACACACCAUACAAAUGGACAGGGUCAGCGUCAAGGCGGAGCGCGAUGUGCCCUUAGGAAGUGACACGGUGUAUUUCACGGUGGUGGACGGCCAGGGCAACGCCUGCUCAUUCAUCAACAGUAACUACAUGGGCUUCGGAACUGGUCUGGUGCCUCAGAGCUGUGGCUUCACCCUGCAAAACCGAGGUGCUCACUUCUCUCUGGAGCGUAGCCAUAGUAACUGUGUAGGGCCGGGGAAGAGACCGUACCACACCAUCAUCCCGGCCCUGCUGACCGACCCCGCCUCUGGACGCCUACUCUGCUCCCUCGGGGUCAUGGGAGCCUUUAUGCAGCCGCAGGGCCACAUACAGGUGUUGCUGAACAUGCUGGAGUUUGGGAUGAACCCCCAAGAGGCGCUAGAUGCCCCUCGCAUGUAUGUGCAGCAUGACAAGGCUGCCCAGCAGUGGCGUGUCAAUUUGGAGGUGGGUGUCGACGAGGGUGUUGCUGAAGACCUGGAAAAGCGUAGCCAUGUGGUUUGCUGGCCUAUCACUGGCCAUGACCGGAGUCAGUUUGGGCGAGGCCAGGUCAUCUCAGUAGGGGAUUGGUGGAACCUGUCUACCCAGGAUGCAGAGCCCAAUGUUAGGGUGUUGUGGGCAGGAUCAGACCCCAGAGCUGAUGGUUGUGCCCAGGGGUACUAGUGACUAGGGCUGCACAAUAUCGGCAAAAAAAAUAUAAUUGCGAUUUUUUUAACCAAAUAUUGCAAUUGUGAUUUUAGCUUGCGAUAUAGAUCAAAACAUUUGGGUGAACUUUUGGAAUCAGUGAAAUAGUAUGAUUUAUAUUAAGAAACAGAGCAUAAUAAUAAUCAAAACAGAUGUUACACACAGCUUAAUGGCGGUUCAAAAUAUUGCACCCAAUAUGAAUCUCUUGCAAUAUGGAUAUUGCACAUGUAGAUAUUGCGAUUUUGAUAUGAAUUUGAAUAAUCGUACAGCUCUACAUUCUUCGAAAAAACGAUUCCAAAAGGGUUCUUCGACUGUCCCCAUAGGAGAACCCUUUUUGGUUCCAGGUAAAACCAUUUUUGGUUCCAGGUAGAACCAUUUUGUGUUCCAUGUAGAACCCUCUGUGGAAAGGGUUCUACUUGGAUCCAAAAGGGUUCUACUUUGAACCAUCAUUCAACGUGUUCUCCUAUGGGGACAGCAGGAGACCCUUUUAGGUUCUAGAUAGAACCUUUUUUUCUGAGAGUACUAGUGACCCUCUCCCCUCCCUAGGGGGAGCUAGAGAGCUUACAGAAUCUUUACAGUAUGACAGUGCACUACACUUGUCCACUCACUGACCAUGUUUACAUGCACAGCAAUAUCCCAUUAUUAUUCAGGAUACUCAAGUAUUCUGUUUUUGAGUUGAUGCAUGUAAACAUCAUAGAGACAUUAUGAGAAACCCGGAUAAGAUGCCUGUUUUUGCUUAUAAUUUCUGACAUUUGGUAGGCCUUAUUAUCAUUUCCAACAUUUGGUAGGCCUUAUUAUCAUUUCCAACAUUUGGUAGGCCUUAUUAUCAUUUCCAACAUUUGGUAGGCCUUAUUAUCAUUUCCAACAUUUGGUAGGCCUUAUUAUCAUUUCCAACAUUUGGUAGGCCUUAUUAUCAUUUCCAACAUUUGGUAGGCCUUAUUAUCAUUUCCAACAUUUGGUAGGCCUUAUUAUCAUUUCCAACAUUUGGUAGGCCUUAUUAUCAUUUCCAACAUUUGGUAGGCCUUAUUAUCAUUUCCAACAUUUGGUAGGCCUUAUUAUCAUUUCCAACAUUUGGUAGGCUAUUUGUUUAUCACCUAUAGUCUGAUACAUGCAGCUUCUCUUCUGUCAUUAUUUGUUGCCCCAGAAGACUAAAUACAGUAGUGCUCACCAGAAUGUUUUAAAUCGAUAGAAUGCAUGAAUGCUGGCUAGUUAGAAAGCAAGGGAAAUUAAUUUAGCCAGCGAGCAUACCAACAGAACAUAAAGAACGAACGACAAGGUGGUGCCCAUAAAUAUCGAACUAAUUGAACGAGUGACUGGGUUGCAUCUUUAGCAACCAAAAUAUGAGAAAGUAUAAAUUUGCUUAUGUAAAUGAAAAGACAAAUAAAAAAAAUGUUAUUUCUACCGGUAAA